AUGGGGAUCAAGAGAUCGCCCACCACGGGCACUAGUCACGAGGAGCCGGACACGGUUGGGACACGACCCCUGGAGACCAUCCGUAUCAUCAGGGACGGCAAGACGAUCGUGUUCACCCGCGCUGCUGCUGCUGCUGCUACUACUACUACUACGGAUGGACCCGGCCAGGUCACGGCGCCUGUGCCGCCCGUCCUGACGGCCGUGCUCAAGUCCACCCUCGCCUUCUCGCAACCCGACAUGACCUUCUUCCGCGGCGGCUUGGCCCGCGGUGGCGCCGGCGCUAGCAGUACCGCAAACAGCAACGGUAGCGACAAGGAGCAGGACAAGACGCAGGGCAAGACGCAGGACAAGACGCAGGACAAGACCCGGCCGGACUUGCUCGCACAACACGCGCACCUGGAGCAGCUGGGCACUGCGAGAUUCCACGAUCUAACGACGUCGAAGGUCGAUCUGGUCAUGUACAACAACCACGAGCUCAAGUUCAAGAAGACGUUCAAGUCGGUCACGGGGCUAGGCUGGUGCCGCUGGGUGCGGGGGGCCAAGACAGACAAACGGGACAGCGGCGACAACAGCAGCAGCAGCAGCAGAAAAAGGGCCGAUGGGGGCGACGUGAGGAAGGACUUUUACCUCGUAGCGCAUUGCACGCGGAAUGCGGCCCCUGACAUAGGUCGCGCGAGUGAUAGUGAGGGCCACGAUGAAAGUGGGAGUAGGGGUACGCGCUGUCACGGCCGCACCAGCAGCAGCAGCUGCAGUCACUGCGCGAGCAUCGACAAGAAGCUUCUCGCAGACGGUGUGCGGGUUGCCGUGUAUCGUAGCUCCGGCAGUAUGGGCGGUGUGAGGGUGCGCGAGUCUCUGACGCCGAGGAGCAGCAGCAGCAAUUGCGGCCGUGGUGGUACGAGUAGCGGAGUCGCGGCAGGCCUGAAGCAGGUCUUCAAGGCCGGGAUCGGCGAGUAUCGCGAGGACAAGGUCGAGAUGCUCGUCGACGGGCUCAGUGCGGAGCAGCGCGAGGAGAUCCUGAUGACGGCCGUGGUGGAGCGGGAGCGGCGGCGGCGGGCAGACGACGAGGCCGGCUCGAUUGUCGAGGAGAUUGUGAUGGGUGUUCUGCUGUGA